AUGAACGCUAUGCCGAAGCAGUUCAGCUUCUCUCUCAUCAGCCCAACCAAUAGCCCCAACGAUUGGAAACAAGAUGUCGACGCCGAAAAAGACAGUGCCUUGGAGCGCGUGCUUAUCCAUCUCCAGCAAGAUGAUCUCCGACUAAGACAAUUGUUUGAUACAAAGGUGUUGCCAUACAUGACUAUGACAGCUCUAAUGCUGGGCAUAAAGUCCGUCGCCAUUGUACAAGCUGACUUGUUCGGUCUGACGGAGAGCAUGGGUUUUAGCACAACACAAUCCUCCUGCCUCCAUACCGCGCCUCACCUGCCCCAGAUCCUGCUGCAGCUGCCUGUCGCGUGGAUCUUGUUGGACUCCAUAUUCCCUCUCGACAAGUUUCUAGGUGCUUGUCUGGUUCUUAUUGGAUGUCGCCAAAUAAUCUUACCAGAUCUGAGUUUCACUGGAGCAGUACUUACUGGACUUUUGCAAGGCGUAUUCGAGGUCGUCUUCGUUCCUGCCUUGGUGUGGAUGACGUGGGUCUACUGGACGAGGGAAGAGAUGCCUACACGGUUAUCUUGGUGGUACUCGAUGAUUGGCUUUGGGAAUCUGACAAUGAGCGUAAUCACGUAUUUCCUCGUCGAGCGCGACGCUACGAUUCGACCUGAUGUGGUUAUCCUAUGUUGUUCAUGCUUCGUCUUUUGUGUAUACAUGUUUAUCACCUGUAUUUUUUGUGGCGAAUCUCCUUUGACUCUGAAAUUUCUGAGCGACCGCGAGGAAAAGGUUGCAUGGGCAGUGCAACGCCUGACAGCUCCAAGAAAUAUCUCCUGGAGCGACGCAGCUUUUGAAGAAGCUAAAAAAGAUGUCAGGACCUGGCUAUGGUUUGGCCUCACAUUUAUUUCAUCUUUACUAAUCGCUGGCUCAGCAAGUAUCAGCCAACGAUUUCUCAUUUCCUUGGCCACCGAUUCAUCCCGCGCUCUUUCAAACCUGCCAUUUGGAGCGAUUCAGUUCAUCGCGGCCUUCUGUGGCGGCCUGGCGACCACGAAACUUCGUUUCGGAACUGUAUUAAUCGCACUUUCUUGCAUAUCAAGUACUGGUCUCUUGAUUCUUCACCGAGCACUGCAGCAGCCAGUAUCGUCGACAAACUUCGUCCUCGCCGGUCACUAUCUCGCAGCAAGUGUACAUGCAUCAGUCCCUAUAGUAUACUCCUGGUCUGGCGUCAAUACCGCAGGAGCUACUCAGAAGAAAGCUACCCUCGCUUUCAUGUCAAUGGGCUAUGCUUUGGGUCACGUCUGUGGUCCAUUCAUGCUCAUGCCAAGCUCCAACCCACAAUCAAGUUCUGCCAUGAUCUGGGCAAUGCUCUCGCUCCAUGUCUUGUUCAUUAUCCUCGUUUUUAUUUUGAUGAAUCAUUUCAACAAAAUGAAUCGACGACAUGGCGGAUCUGUCAAGGCCGAGCAAAUCAUCGGCAACUAUGAUCCUCGCUUAUACAUGACAAUAGACUUUGAUUUGCAGCAGCAAAAGCUCUCGAAUUUGGCAUAA